AUGUCUUUAAAUCUUGGACGCUUGUCUUCUAGUGGUUUCGGCGAGAUCAGUUUCAUCUGUUCUGGCAUGGAGGCGUCUUUAGGUAAUUUAAUGGAGUAUCGGCUCUUUGAGUCUUUAUUCUCCGAAUCUUUGGAAUGGUUGCUCCAGUCUAAGCAGAUGCCCGAUCCAGAGCUUCACCGAGAGAGGAGCUCAAGUGUAGGCUCCGCGUCGUGUCAAACUUUGCUUCGGCUUGCUUCGGCCUGCUUCGGCCGCGUGAGGCCUGGAAGCGCCGCCGCCGCACGCCGUGCACGUCCGCAGCAGCGCCCCCUCCGCCUCCUGAAACCAGGCUCCUCUCGUCAUCCCUCAACGCACAGCGAGGCAGCGCAUCCACUGCCGCUGUGUCGCAGUGGGGCCAAUGCUUUUGUUGCCUUCUUAAUGCUCCUUGUAGAAUUGUCCCUUAUAAAGUUGCAGUGUAUGCAUUUCAAGUGGUAUUCAGUGUUACGUAAUGUUAAGAGCUCUGCAGCCCGAGUGCCCUGCGAAGCCUUAGGAGGUCGGGGACGGCCGCCCUUGAGCUGCAGCCUCGGCCUGAGCACCGGCGGCGGCGGCGGCGGCGGUUGCGACGGCGUAGCUUUGGUUGUCCAUGUGCGCGCGCAGCCUGUGCAUUUGCACGUGGUGCACCCAGGGGCGGUGCUCGGCGAAGCGCUGCUGGCAGAACUCGCACCGGAAGGGCCGCUCCUCGUCGUGCACGAGCAGGUGCAAGAGCAGCGGCGCCCUCCGCGCGAACGUGGCGUUGCACACCUUGCAGCGCAGCGGCGCGUCCAGCCGGUGCACGUGCAUGUGCAUGCCGAGGUACUUGCUCCUGCUGAACCGCGCAUGGCAGAUGUAGCACUCGUGGCGGCCCGUCACCUUUCAACGAGCAGCCGCUACCUGCACGUGACGGGCCGCCACGAGUGCUACAUCUGCCACGCGCGGUUCAGCAGGAGCAAGUACCUGGGCAUGCACAUGCACGUGCACCGGCUGGACGCGCCGCUGCGCUGCAAGGUGUGCAACCCCACGUUCGCGCGGAGGGCGCCGCUGCUCUUGCACCUGCUCGUGCACGACGAGGAGCGGCCUUCCGUGCGAGUUCUGCCUGCGGCGCUUCGCCGAGCACCGCGCCUGGCUGCAGCACGAGCAUUCAAGAAGGAUCAGAAAAGCAUUGGCCCCACUGCGACAACAGGCAGUGGGAUGGCUGCCCUUGCCUGGGUGCGUUGCUGA